AUGAGAAACACAGCUGAGGUUGCAAAAGACCCUAAGGACUGGGCCUUCUCGGAUGUGUCCAAUUUUCAGCUUUGCCCAACACCUGGUCGUCUAAUGGUUAAACGGAAACCUGGGGAGGCCUACAAGCCACCCACUGUGAAAUUUGGUGGAGGAUCGGUGAUUAUCUGCUUCAGCAAAGCUGGAAUUAGGCACAUUGGGCUUUGUGAAGGGCACAUGAAUCAAGCCACGUACAAGGAUUUCCUGGAAGAAAACUUGCUUCUUUCUGCUCUGACGAUGAUCCUCAACUCUGAGGAUUGGGGUGCAGAAGCAGGUCCCUCUGUGUGUGUGACAGCCACUGCAGGUUCAGCCGGAAGCUCUGGGGCAGGUGGGACUUCCAGAUCGGCCCCAAAGGUCCAGGGUCCUGCAGAGAAGGAGGAAGGGGGGAGUCAGAAACGAGUGCGCAGACAGUGGGAGUCUUGGAGCACUGAGGACAAAAACAGUUUCUUUGAAGGACUUUAUGAGCAUGGGAAGGAUUUUGAAGCUAUUCAGAACAAUAUUGCUCUUAAAUAUAAGAAGAAGGGUAAACCAGCAAGUAUGGUGAAGAACAAGGAGCAAGUGCGGCAUUUCUACUACAGGACUUGGCACAAGAUCUCUAAACACAUUGAUUUCAACAACGUGUAUUCACGUGUGCUGAAAAAGUCCUCCCAGGAGCUCUAUGGCCUCAUCUGUUAUGCUGAGCUCAGGAAGAAGGUUGGAGGCUUGAUGGAUGACAAAAAUGUGGCCAAACUAAAUGAGCUUAUACAACAGGGGGCCACAACAGUGCGUUCCAAAGGCAGAAAUCUGAGGAUCAAAGCUCCCAUGUGCCGCGCGCUGAAGAAACUCUGCGACCCAGAUGGUGUGAGUGAUGAGGAGGAUCAGAAGCCUGUGCGUUUACCCUUGAAGCUGGCUGUCGAACUUCAACCCCGGAGCAACCACUCCUGGGCUCGGGUUCAGAGUCUAGCCCAUAAUCCUCGGCUCAGGAUGAUUGUCGAGUUGCACCGGAAGGUCUCCACUCUCAUUGAAUUCUUGAAGCAAAAGUGGGCUGUCCAGGAUCAAUGCAUCCUUAAGAGCCUGGCAGAGCGAGAAGCUCUGGACGGCCUGGCCCAGUCUAGCGAGUCAGAGGACCUGUUCCUGUUUCCUGCAGAGAACAGCCCGGUUAGUACUUUGCCAGGUGUGUCUCGUGUUGUGCACUCAAAAGCUUCCUGCACGGUACACUGGCAGGAGAGUGGGCGUGGCCGGACAGGUAUUAGGGACUUGCCCGCAGCUCACAUUUUGGGAAUUCAGCCUGCAAGAGGAAAAUCAGGCAAGUAUGGUCCGGUGGGAGGAGACCUGAAAAAAAGCGACGGGCAUCCUGUUGACGGUCCUGAUAGCGGCACUUCAGCUCCAGGGUUGGAGACCAAUGUAAACCCAAACCUGAGCUCUACUUCUCCAGUCAGUCCAACCCUCGCUCCAUCGCUCCCCAUUGGACCGGAGGGGAAUGUGGUGGGGACUCUGGAGCAAGAAGCAGUGAGUCAGACUCAGACUGAUGCUAGCAGGCGCGACAAAGAGACUGUGACUCAGGGAGACCCCGCCCCAAUCGAGGGCCGGUCUGAGGAGCCUGGAACGGCAGGAGGGGUUGCAUCAGAAAAAGCAGCACCACCACAAUCAGAACCUCAAGGGCGCAAUGAGGAAGUGAGUGGGACUGGACGAUCUCCUCAACAAAUCCAAAACGAAGGUUGGAGCUCACAGGGCUCUGAGAAUGUGACACUGGCAGAAGUCUACCUCAUGCUGGGCAAGCCUGGGAAGCUACUGCUGGAGUAUGAAUGGCAGCCUAAACCCCAACCCUCAGCUCUGCCCACCACUCAAAGUGUGCUUCGGUGUCUCCUGAGACUUGUGUCAUCAGAUUGUCAGUUGUCCGAUAUAUUUUCAAAGCAACGGAAAAUAGGGAGGGGGCGUCCACUAAGGAAACCUCUUGUGGUUCAGAGAACGCUGCUGCCACGAACAACUGGAGACACUUCACCUCAUGUUUGCUCCUUCUCUAUUCUCUCCAAUUCAUCUGCUACAGGAACUGGUUCGUUUCGUCCAAUACAAACUCGUCUCGCCCCAUCGAACCGCCAACUUUCCUCAAAAGCUCCGUCCGCUACAGCCAGUUCUGCACCUGCUACUCAGCUGUCCAGUGCAAUUGACCUGGCUGCAAAAUCUGCAGGUAUUAUCCCUGGCAGCCCCUGUCAGGAAGUGGAGGCCCCCAGUAUAGAUAAGGCCAUUGUGGGGUCUGAGGAGGCCAUGGACUCGGCACCUGCUGCACCUGAGCUAGAGCCAGAUCUACUUGAUCAGGAGCCUUCUGAGGAAUCCCUGCAGAACGGUGUCUCUCCACCAUCUCCAGGGGGCGGGGACUCCCUCUUGGCUCCUCCCAGUGUUGCUUCCUUAUUGGAUAUCUCUCUACCGGGCCCCCCAGAGGAGUCUCUACCUUCUGGAGAGCCACAGACUCAAAUCAGCGACUCUAUUAUUGAGCUCGCCAUCAACUCGCACUAUGGUGAUGGAUCAUUGCUCUCGCCUCCUAAACUCAAUGGGAGUGAUAGAUCCAAGCUCCUUCCCUCUUCAUGUGACAGCUGGAUGCCGUCCCCCACACACGACCCUCAGUGGUACCCCAGUGACUCUACUGAUUCAAGUCUUGGCUGCCUGCUCUCAAGUCUGGCAUCCCCUGAUAAGACAAGAAGGACAGCCCUGCCUCCUUCAAGUAACACAGCCUUACUUGGACCCAGUUUACUGGACAGCAACUCCCACGAUUGUUUUCACUCCCGUGGCCUGCCGGAUGUAGCCGAGGUGGAUACCCAGCUGGCCUGUAUGAUGAGCGAGAGCAGUGUCGACUACAUCGCCCGCUUCAAUGAUCUCGCACAGGAGCUCUCUGUUACAGAACCGACCCUCCCACCUCCUCCAGAGGACUGAUGCAGGGGGCGGAGCCUGUCACUGUUCGCAUUGGACAGAAGAAUGUUAACUGGAGUGCAGUUCAGCUGUAGGAAGUGCAAUAGACUGGCAGGGUCCACAACAGCUUUUGGGCUCUAAUGUGUGUGUGGGAGAGCGUUUGUGUAUGUUUGUGUUGAUUUAUUCUGUGGCUGUCCUCUUAUGAGCCACACCCAGGACAUUUAAACAA